AUGACGGUCAGCCAUCGUAAAAACAAGCCUGCACCCAAAACAGAAGAUGGCUCCACUUCAGCUGCUGCCGAACCCGGCGUGCGCUACCAUUGCGAUGCGUGCGGUGCCGACAUUACUCUGACUGUCCGCAUACGAUGCGCAGGCGGCUGCACCGACUUUGACCUUUGUGCUUCGUGCUUCUGCUCCGGCGCGCAACCGGGCAAGCACAAGGCGUGGCACGACUACCGAGUUGUAGAACAACAUUCCUAUCCCAUCUUUUGCGACGACUGGGGAGCGGAUGAGGAGCUGCUUCUCAUCGAUGGUUGCCAGACCUAUGGACUCGGCAACUGGGCCGACAUCGCAGAUCACAUUGGCAACCGCACCAAGGACGAGGUGCAGGAACACUACAUCAAGGUGUACGUCGAGGGCCGUGAUGGAACCCAACCUGGCGAGCAGCGUGCCGACCAAGCGAUACAGCGCUACCACCACGUCGCAAAGCCUGUGUUCGAUCCGCUUUUCGAUGACUCAGGCACGGGCAGUCGAGUUGCGUGCCAGCUUACCACGCAAGAGCCGCCAGUCGUCGGGCCGUCCAUGUCGUUUGCGCCGUCAAUAUCGCAAGACGAAUUUCAACGCCGUAAGAGGCGGCGGGUCGAAACGUUGCGCGAGGCACAAGCGUCCUACUCGCCGCCCAAGUCGGCCAAGCCGCUUGUCAGUGCACCCACCAAUCACAGCGAGCUGGUUGGCUUCAUGCCUGGCCGUCUCGAGUUUGAGCACGAGUACGAGCAGGAAGCCGAGCAUCUGAUCAAGGACAUCGAAUUUGGCCGCGUCUACGAGUUUGGCGGCGCCGAUAUGCCGUCCGAAUGGGAGGCGUUGGGUAGCAAGGCGACGCAAGGCCAUGCUAGGAUGGAAGCUAGCGGCCGCGGUGGACCCACCAGCAAAAAAGCGACUCAAAAUGCAGCAGAAGACGACAAAGAGGGCAACGCCGAUGAAGAUGCCGAUGAACAUUCGGCAGCAGAUGCCAAGGAAAAAGACAAGGACAAGGAUGCCGAGCCGGAAGACAAGCCAUUCGACUGGGACGAGGAUCCAACGGACCUUCACCUUAAGUUGACCGUCAUUGACAUGUAUAACGAGCGUCUCGACCGACGUUUACGGCGCAAGCAUUUCAUGUUUGAACGCAACCUUGUCGACUAUCGCCGCAAUCAAGCAGCAGAGCGACGGCGACCCAAGGAGGAAAAAGAGCUGCUUUCGAGGACCAAGCACUUUGCACAGAUGCAGACCGCGCUCGACUACGAGGAUUUCCUCAAUGGGCUUUGCUACGAAGAGGCACUGCGCAAAGCAGCUGCCCAAUUGCAACAUUACCGCAAGAUGGGAAUCUUGACGUUGGACGACGCGAGCGCCUACGAACGCGAAAAAGCAGAACGAGCGCGUAGAGCAGCCGAACUUGCAGCUGGCGGACUAGCAGUCUUCCCAGCAUCGGGAGCUGCUGCAACGCCCGGUCCGCCAUCGGCUCGACCCCGGAUCGACGCUGCCCGAGCUCGACAGCGCGAUACAAGCACGCCGACGCCAAUGGAAGAGACGCCGACAGCCCAACAGGCAACAGCAGCAUCAAGCGCUUCCGCGACCACAGCAGCCAACGGCAAAGAAAGCAAGAAGGACAAGGACGCCAAGGAUAAGGACGGUAAAGUCGACAAGGGCAAAAAGGGCGGCAAUAGCGACGAACCCAAGACGCCGCGAAAACCACCGCAGCCGCUCAAUCUGGCCAAAGCGCCAUCGCUCAACCUGCUCACGCCCGCCGAAGCACAACUGUGUUCGGCGCUUCGUAUCCUACCUCAGCCCUUCCUGCUGAUCAAGUCGACGCUGAUCGCCGAAUUCAUUGCACGAGGCGGCAGACUCACACGACGCGAAUGUCGUACGCUGGUCAAGAUCGACGUGAACAAACUGGGCAAAGUGUGGGAUUUCUUCAACGAGAUGGGCUACUUUGACGCCGCGCGAGAAGCUGGCUGGACUGGUGGCAUCGGAUCGCCGCCUCGUAGCAAGGAUAAAGAGGUCAAGAAGCCUGGUUGGCUGGAUAGCAACAUGGCCAUGUCUGCGAGCUACUCGUUCGCUCCUACUGCUGCCAACGGCGUGAAUGGCGUCCACCGUGGCGGCACAGCAGAUCCGAUGAACGAUUCUGCCUCAGCAGCAAACAGUCGAGGUGGACUGUUCGGAAGAGCUUUCGGGACCAGUGCAGCUGCCAGCAACAGCGGUGGAUUAUUCGAUUUGGCCCACUCGAGCAGCAACGUCACUUCGACGCAGCAUCAGCAAGCGCUGUUGAAUUACAACGGACGUGGAGCACCGCUUGUCUCGAUCCCCGGUACUGCUGCCAAUGGCGUCCAUGCGAGCAGCAGCAGCACCCCUUCUGGUGGUGUCAGUGGGGAUGGCGGAGGAGGCGCCGCGUCGUCGAGCAUGGCCACCGGCAGAGCAGCAUCCCAGAGUCCUAGCAAAGCCGAAAAGUAUCGGCCCACUGCUGCUGUCUAG